UCCGAGUUUAAUUCACUUACGAUCAGCUUAUCUCUCCUCAUCUCUCAGCAAGCACAGCUUGAUCAACUGGUUGCCUUUAUUUGUCCUGUGCUUGAUAGCCUUCUCCGUCUACUCGCAGUUGCCUUACUUUGGUGCUCUCCAGAACGCCAUGAUCACAGCCGAACUUCUUGUUCCAGCUCAAGCUCUGCCUCUUCCCGUGUGUCAGUCUCUUCUUCUUCAUCAUCCUCGUCCGUGAAUAAUGAUCUUAUUUCUAUACUACCUUCCUCAUCUUGUGUGACUGGCCUACCAACGAGUAAAUUACUCAAUGGGAAUACUGUAUCCACAGUCUCUGGAGUUGUAGGAAUUGGCACAAAUGAAUCUUUGUUUAACGACUAUAUUGCUACUGGAGCUUCUAGCUCGGAGCAGAUCCGCGGCGCCACCGCUGCUUGCAAUCUAGUGUUGUUAAUCACCAAAUUAAUAGCCCGAGUUACUGUAGGUCUACCUGAUUGGAACGAUGCCCACGGUCGCAACCGUCUACUCGUCACAUACUUGGCGGGUGCUGUUGGUCUCUCAUCGGAAACAGGUUAG